ACCGGGAGGUGGGCCAAAAUGGCGGCGGCCGGGCUGAGGGCGAUGGUGGGCGUGAAGCGGGUCAUUGACUACGCGGUGAAGGUCCGGGUGAAGCCAGACAAGACUGGGGUGGUGACGGACGGGGUGAAGCAUUCCAUGAACCCCUUUUGCGAGAUCGCCGUGGAGGAAGCCGUGCGCCUCAAGGAGAAGAAAUUGAUCUCGGAGGUAGUAGCGGUUAGCUGUGGUCCACAACAGUGCCAGGAGACAAUCCGCACAGCCUUGGCAAUGGGUGCCGAUCGAGGGCUGCACGUGGAGGUCCCUGCCAAGGAUUACGAGAACCUCAGCCCCUUCCAUGUUUCAAAGAUCCUUGCUGCUCUGGUCAAGAAAGAGGGCGUCAAUCUGCUGCUGCUUGGCAAGCAGGCCAUUGAUGAUGACUGUAACCAGACAGGGCAAAUGACAGCAGCAUUUCUUGACUGGCCUCAGGGGACGUUCGCCUCUGAAGUUACCGUGGACGGGGAUUGGUUGAAGGUGGAACGAGAAGUCGACGGGGGUCUGGAGACCGUGCGUCUCAAGCUGCCGGCCGUCGUGACCGCUGAUCUACGUCUAAAUGAGCCUCGCUACGCCACCCUACCUAACAUCAUGAAAGCUAAAAAGAAGAAGAUUGAGGUGGUGAAGCCAUCCGACCUCGGUGUGGACCUGACCCCGCGGGUGAAAACACUGAGUGUAGAAGACCCUCCCCAGCGCCAGGCCGGGGUCAAAGUGGAAACCGUGGACGACCUGGUUGCUAAACUCAAGGAGAGUGGGCGGAUCUAAGCCCCUGAAUUGUUCUGCCUUGCCUGGAUCUGUUGCUCUAGGCCUUCUGCUGCUGUUGAGGCGGGUGUGACACUCAGGGGUCCGUCCGUUGGCCUCGCUGGGGCCCAGUCCCUCAGAGACCGGAACCGUGAUGCCUUCCCGCACAGCUUACCCCCCAAAGGAAGCUGGAUGACAAUUUUUAAUUUUUUUGUUUCUUCUGGAUUAAUGAUGGGUCAGUUUGCAAUAAACAUCCUGUGAUCGUUGGAGGAGCUGCUCUCGUCUCAGACUUUUUAAAGUUCAGAUAUGGCAUAAAGUAAAUAAAUAAAGUUCUUAAAGGCUCACAGGGCCCUCUUCGGG